AUGGAUAGUUCAAAAAACCGAAAUAGAGUUCAACCUAAAGCCUUUGGAUAUGUUAAUGCGUCAUGUCCAACUGCAGUUCAAAGCCCUUUCAGUGUCGUUGGUGACCUGAAUGACACUCGCCCUAAUGAUGCAUUAAACGAGCGACCAGAUACUAGCAGGCUGCAGUAUGAAGGGAGUGACAAUAGUAACCUAACCCUGAAUUCGCCAAGCUCUAAUACACCGCUUCUUAAGCACCAUUCUGUCAGCCAUUUAGAGCCAGGCAAAAGCGAUGUGCAAUUAAUCGAUCAGCCCAAAAAACCACCUGUGCAUCCUGAAUUCUUUACUGUUCAAUUACCGCUGAGUGAUUCUGAAAAUGAUACCAGAAAGUCUACUCUAGCAUUCAAGACACCCAUUACUAGGCAUGCCAAACUUGCUCAUUUGGAUGGACUGCGUGGUAUUGCUGCUCUCUGGGUGUUCUUUAUUCAUUAUUUAGACAACCGCUCUCCAAAGCUUUUGAAUUUCCUUCUCGGAUACCAAUCUUGGAAAGCAAGCGUCCCAAUAUUCUUUAUUUUGAGUGGUCGAGUGCUUACGGUUUCCGUGCUCAGAACUGGCAACUUUCGUCAACUUGCAUCGGCCAUUAUUCGACGUCCAUUUCGGUUACUUGUGCCUAUGUAUAUUUUAAUUAUUCUCGACAACAUGCUAAUUCAUUAUGAGAGACCCGUUAACUCGCUGUUUGAGCUUAUUUUCUCCCCGCUGUGGUUUAUUGUACGUAGCAGUGACUAUCUUGCAGCUGGUGUGUAG